AUGCCCAUGCCAGUGGAUUCAUCGUCGGAACGUCCAGAGGGAAGUCUUGCUGCGCAGCUUGGACGCGCCGAUGAUGGGACCAACGGCGAGCCGGGAAUAGGAAUUUCGACGCGCGAGUCUGAGGACGACUUCUGGCAGGAGUUGAUGGAAGUUCGUGGACGAGUAUCUAUGGCGAAUUCACAAGACACGCAGGCGGAUGCGCAACCGGGUGAUACUGCGGACUCGAACGGUACUAGUAGGCGACACUAA